AUGUAUGAGCUUUUAGCCACUUUGAAAGGUGCCCGAAAUGCCGUCAUUUCUACUUCAUUUUCUCCUCAAGCUAGAUUCAUCGCGGCCGUUGGAUAUGGCGGUAUAUCUGUCUGGGAUCUAGAAACAUACAAAAACCUGCCAAUAUCAUCAGACAAUGUGUACAAUCACCGCAAUCCUGACAAUGUGUAUACCGCCUGUGCUUGGCUACACUUUGAACAUGCGGAUCGUUACCUUCUUAUCAUAGGAUCUCAGAAAGGCACACUCUCGACUUUGAAUUGGGAUAACGAAACCAAGUCCUUCGAACCUAGUCUUCAAGUCCCACCCGAAGGUUCUCCUCAUCAAGUCCUCUCGAUCGACGUUUAUCAAGCUGAAGUUCCACUUGGGAGGCUCGCUCGUAUCGCAGUCGCGACUGCCGACAACCGAGCUACUGUAUAUUCGCUGUCUCCUUUCGGAGACCUUCAAGAAAUUUUUUCCUCUGUCGUCGAAAAUUUCUCUCUCGUCGCCGCUAGGUUUUGUAAAAAGAACCGCGAUGUCUAUGUCUUUGAGCUGAACGGGGGUGGAAUUUCACUGCUCGAUGCUAAGACUGGCAAUGUUAAGUCAACUCAUAAAUAUGGCCCAGAUCCUAUGGGCACUGUUUGUUUGGAUGACUCGAGCAAAUUCUUCGUGGCAUGUACUGGAAAGGACUUCGAAAUGUUCCGCCUCGAAAACAUUGAGCAUGUGCAGACCUUCUCAGGUGAACUACCCAUAGUCCUUUUCCCCAAAGUUGCAACGUACGCAGAGGAUGGGUCUGUUCUCGUUGUAGGAACUGACCGCGGUCAUGCGUCAAUCUUCAACGUUAGUGAUGGUGACAAAAUUCAAGACCUUCCUUAUACCACUACUGGUCUUGUUCAAUCCGUUGCUGCAAUUACCGCAAGGGAUGGUUUCCUUGUUGCGAUUGCGGGGUCGACGCUACAUUCCCGUGCUGAAGUUUUGAUAUUCAAGAAAAGUCAUGCUUCAUUGGACAAAUCUAGGGAUAAUCAGGCGAUGGAUCUCUUGGAUGCUGUUGCGCCCAGAAGCACGCUUCAGUCCUAUUUAUUAUUGAUUAUUGGAUCAUUUCUCGUAAUAAAUGGUCUCUAUUCGCUUGUGCUCAUGUGUAAUUCAUGGGUAUGUCUAUCCUCAAUCUCGUAUUUGAAUAUCUAA